AAUUUUGUCAUAAAAUAUCCUGACUUUCCCGGUACGGUGUCCGGUACGGUUUCAUGGACAGGUAGACAAAUAAUGGUUAGGGACGUUGGCUACUUUGUGUUGCCUUGCCUCUCUCCGGUAUUGGUGUAGCGCUGCGUAAAGACGGGCUUCCAAUCCAUGCAGACUAAAUACAAAACAUUAAUGGUACCCUAAGCUAGUAGUAGUGUCUUUAUUGAUUGGAGUGUGGUCAAUAGGCUCUUACUUACGUGGGCUACUCACUCCCUAUAAUAUGACCGUCCAAUCCCCAUUCAAAAUUGAUCAUUUCACUCUUUCUCCCACACUGAACUCAACAGAACACUAACCCUAAGUCCUGUCCUAAAGUCCUAACUAUAGCCCUGCGACUGCCCUUAUUUUUAAUCAAUGCACCCUCUGACCACCCUACCCUACGCUACGCUCUCUAGGUCACACUACCCCAAACUCAGAUUCUAAUCCGAUCUUCUGCCUGCCUCCCUUCUAAGUUGUAAGUUGUAACAAAGAAAGAUACUCUCAUUACUUACCCCACUUGGGCUACCAACAGCCUUGCCCUAACAGUAACACAUGCCUAAGGGUAGAUAGAUUUACAGGACUAACCCUUGGUUAAUAUCAUGUUAACCAUGAGUUAUAGUAGUUCGUUAUGGUUUGCAAAAUUUUUUUUCUUUUUUGCCAUUAGAUUACUCUAUAACCGGAGAAAACAGAGUAACAGAUAAACACGGUCACCGACUAAGCAACCAACAAACGAAGUUGAACAUCAUGAACAAUCGAGGCAACAAAGAUAGGGCUUGCCAAGCUACCGAAUGAGCUCCCCUAUUCCGAUUCCUACCAACAAAAAUCAUACUGUAAUCAGAAUUUUGAUGUAGAAGAACACCAAGCUCGGCCAUAUAUAAUAGCUCCUGCCCUUGCAUCAGCACUACUUGAUUUCUGGAUGCAUUUCUCAAUUAAUGUCUUGGCGUCACCACAAAAUUGAACCUUUUGCAAUCCACGAGCAGUACAUUCAAGAAUUGCAUUACGAAGAGCCAAAGCUUCCACCACCAUAGGCUCCACUAUGUUGACAUAAUGUUGUGCGCCAGCGUGGAAGGAUCACUCCAUUCGGAUGAUGAAGCACUAUUAGAUUUUGUGGCACCGUCAAAGGACAACGAAAGGUAUUACUAUUAGAAGCUGGAUUAUAAUCUGCAGUACCCCUAUACCCUGGAAGAGAAGAAUGAGUAGUCAUCCCUCUAGACAAAGAGAUAGCAGGCCGCAGGAUUGCAGAAUCCACUUCCUGAACCUGAUGUCGCCAUUGUGAAGCAAGAGUAGUCAAUAGAACAUGUUUAUGAUCAAAAUGGACCGUGCACCGGCUCUUCCAAAUCCGCAACAAGAGGGAGGAAACCUGCCCAAUAAGAUAAUCCUUCUCCGGAGUCACCGGGUGAGAAAACAAGUGACGAGGAUAACAAAGGAAUAAGAGUGAAGGAGUGGAAACCUAGUUCUAUGUUUUUCAUUCAUCAAAUCCUCCUCUUAUAGGCACAACAACAUAUAAGAAGACAAGCUUCCAUUGAAGCUGUCUGGUAGCUUGGAAAGGAAACCAAGUCUGACUUGGUGAUAAAGCACAUACACCUUAAACAAGUAAAGAGAAAACGGCAGCAUAGCAACUCGUCUUCAGUAAUGGAUGAUGAAACGACAGCGCUCCAACUUGAGAAAGAGAUCGAUGAUGAAACAGCAGCGCAACAAAUGUUCCUGUCAUGGGAUCAAAACGUUGAUGGAUUGGGAGAGGACCGAUGGAAUUCGAAUUCAUUCUGUUACCCCCUGCAAGCUGGUGGGCAGAGAUUUCGUACACCAAGCUUGGAGAGCAGGGACAGAAACGGAGCAGGUGACAGCGGUUUGGUGAACAGAUCAGCUAAUUGAUGUGCUGAGGAGAUGUGCAAGAGCUUGAGCGAUCCCAAUUGCAGUUUUUUCCUCAAAAAAUGACAGUCGAGUUCUAUAUGUUUCAUUCUUUCAUGGAAUGUGGGAUUCUUCACAAUGUGGAUGGCGCUCUGAUUGUCGCAAUACAAGGUUGAUGGAUUGGAAGAAGAAACCUGAAAUCCUGGAGAAGAUAUUGAAACCAUUGAAUCUCACAGGCGGUAAAGGCUAGGGCUCGAUAUUCUGCCUCGCAAGAAGAUCGAGAAACGGUAUGUUGUUUUUUGCUUUUCCAUGAGAUGAGAGAAUUCCCAGGUAGAUGCAGAAACUAGUUGUGGAUCGUCUUGUGUCUACACAGGCUGCCUAGUCAGAGUCUGUGAAGGCUUUGAGAUGGAAAGAUCCUUGUGAUGGGAAGAAAAGACCUGUGGCGGGGGCAGUUUUGAGAUAUCUCAACACACGUUGAGCAGCCUUGAAAUGAGUGACAUUGGGAUUGGACAUGUACUGCUUAGUUGUUGUGUGGAGAAGCUGAUGUCUGGGCAGGUAGUGGUGAGGUAGAUUAGCUUCCCAACAAUAGUUCUGUAGUGUUCUGGGUCUUCAAAGGGGGUAUCCACUUCAUUGGUUAGAUGCAGUUAGUAAUCCCUAGGAGUGGUGACUGAUUUGCAAUGAAUGAUAUUUGCUUCCUCCAGAAUCUCUAGUGUAUAUUUCCGUUGUGAUAAAUGUACGCCAGCUUUGCUUCUUGCCACUUCAAUUCCAAGGAAAGAUAUGAGUUUUUCAAGGUCUUUAAUGCUGAAUUCAGAAUGCAGAACAUCCUUUAAUGCUUGAAUCUCAUCCGUAUCAUUUCCUCCCAAAACCAGGUCAUCAACAUAUAUAAGAAUGCAUGUGUAGGAGGUAUCUGUGACUUUGAAGAAGAGAGAGUGGUAUGCUUUGCUUUGCAUAUAACCAAACUGAAUUAGUUAGUCAGUAAGUUUAGAGAACCAUUGUUUUGACGCCUGUUUGAGUCCAUAUAGAGACUUCCUUAGUCUGCAAACUAGGUUUGAAAUAUCAGGAGGUGUAAAACCUUUAGGCAGGGUCAUGUAGACUUCCUCUUCUAAGUCACCAUUUAAAAAUGCAUUGUCUACAUCCAAUUGAUGUAUGUACCAGUUUCUGAGAGCAGCAAUGGCCAGAAAUGUUAUCACAAUGGUCAUCUUAAUGACAGGUGCAAAUGUAUCCUGGAAAUCAAUCCUUUAUUGUUGAGUGUUUCCUUUUGCAACUAAUCUGGCUUUAUGUCUUUCAAGAGAACCAUCAGAUAAGAAUUUGUCUUUGUAAAUCCACUUGUUGCCAACUGGUUUCUUGCCUUGUGGUAGUGAAACAACAUCCCAAGUGUGGUUUUUGAUCAGAGCCUGUAUUUCAGUCUGCAUUGCUUGAUUCCAAACAUCAAGCUUGGAGGUCUCUUUGUAAGAUUGUGGUUCUUGAUGACUGGAAAUGUUUAGCAGAAAUCUUUUGAAUGGAUCAGAGAGAUUGUUGUAUGAAAUCAUGGAAGAGAGUGAAUACCUGUUGUCUUGAAUCUGUUGCAGAUUGGGGUGAUUGGUGCUGCUAGGACCUUGUGCUAGGUAGUAGUGGUAGUUUUUGAUGAGGUGAGAAGGAGGUUUGACUGUUCUGUCUGAACGUCUGAGAUUUGGUUGAGGUGGAGGGUUAGGAGGUUGUGGGGGAGAAGGAGAGGGCAAGAGAGAAGUGAUGUGGGGAGGAGAAUUGGAAGGAGAUGGUGGGGCAUUGUGGUCAGGAGUAGAUUGAAUUGGAGAGGAGAUUGGAUGGUUAAUUGGGGAAGUUAAGUUGUUAGGGACUGAAUUUGUGUCAUGAAGGAGAAUGGAGUCCGGGGAUGGGAUUGGAAAAAGAAGGUCUGAUGGGUCAUCAGAGUCAAUUUGUUUGAAUGGAAAAUAUGAUUCAUAGAAAAUCACAUCUCUUGAGGUAAAAAAAAAUUCAUGAGAGG